UGACAUGAUAGCGAUGGUUAUGCAAUACGUCGCGUUAUAAGAAGGCUCCAAUGAAAAUCCCACGACAGAUUGAUUCUCGGAACGAUCAUGUGGGUUUACGGUGCUCUCAUUGUUCUGAUUGGGGCCCUCUCUGGGAUCCAAGCCCAAGACAAUUUGGCCUACACUUAUGUUAAUUGCGAUGACAAGCAAGCUUUGGUACAUCUGUUCGAAUGGUCGUGGGAUUCUGUGGCGCGAGAAUGUGAGGAGGUUUUAGGACCAAAAGGAUAUUGCGGAGUCCAGGUGUCGCCGCCUCAUGAACACAUUGUGGCUGACCCGUGGUGGGCCCGUUACCAGGCCGUUUCCUACCAAUUGAACUCGCGAGGUGGAGAUCGCGCCGCAUUCAUUGACAUGGUCAAUCGGUGCAAUGCCCAGGGUGUGAAUGUAGUGGUGGAUGUGGUGAUGAACCACAUGACCGGUCGUGGAGCGGGACCAUCAAGCGGUUGGGGUGGAUCUCCCUUCAAUGCAGAGAAUCAGGAUUACCCCGGAGUUCCAUUCUCUUCAUUCGACUUCCAUCAACCCUAUUGUGAAAUCUUUGAUUACAACAAUCCGGACGAAGUGCGAAAUUGUGGUCUUUUGGGUAUGAACGAUUUGAAUCAUGGCAAUGAAUAUGUCCAAGACAUGGUUUCCGGCUAUUUAAACGACCUCAUUGACAUCGGAGUCAAAGGAUUCAGAAUCGAUGCCACCAAGCACAUGUGGCCAGGUGACUUGGAGAUGGUUCAGUCCAAGGUUAAGGAUGUGGCGCCUGGACUUCGACCCUAUUUCAUCCAUGAGGUUAUUGAUCAUGGAAAUGAACCCAUCCACGGAUAUGAAUACUUCAAUGUGGGGAAAGUGACCGAAUUCAACUACGGUGGCUGGAUGGCAUGCAUCCGAAAUGGCGAUUAUAACUGCUUGAACAAUCUGGGAGAUGGUUUGAGCGAUGGAGUUCACGCAUUGGUUUUCAUUGAUAACCACGAUAAUCAACGUGGUCACGGCGGAGCUGGCGAGGUGCUCACACAUCGAGAGGACUAUCUGUACAAAGUGGCUACGGCCGUGAUGCUGGCCCACGAUUAUGGCUUCAAGCGCGUCAUGUCUUCCUAUUAUUUCGACGACAGUGACCAAGGACCCCCUGGUUCCCAGCCUCCGUCCAUCACUCAAGAGCCUUGUGGCAACGGAUGGGUGUGUGAGCACCGAUGGGCUCCUAUCAUGAACAUGGUUCAGUUUGCCAACGCCGUCAUUGGCGAGCCAGUUGAGAACUGGCAAGUGAUCGGUGACUCUUUGGGAUUCAGUCGAGGUUCCAAGGGGUUCGUAGCUGUGGGUGGUUUGAAUGGUGCGGAAUUCUACACGGGCUUACCGGACGGAGAGUAUUGCGAUAUCAUCCACGAGUGUGCCCAAAAGGUGACAGUUUCGGGAGGAAAAGCAUUCAUCAAGAAGUUCCAAGACAACGACGGAGUAGUCGCUUUUUAUGUCGGUGCCUAAUAAAGUUUUCAUUUGAUUAUU